AUGCCUCCCUCUGUCCCUAUCACAGUCUACUCGGCCAAGAUCUGCCCGUGGGCACAGCGUGUGACGCUUGCUCUGCGCGAAGUCGGCGCUUACGCCAACAAUCAAAUCAAGCACGUCGAGAUCGACCUCCAGAACAAGCCGGCCGACUACGCCCAGCGCGUCAACCCCGCCUCGAAGGUGCCGGUCCUCGUCGUCGGCGAGGAAGGCGCGCCUGGGACGCUCAAUAUCCCCGAGUCGGGCGUCUUGCUUGAGCUUGUCGCGGAGCUUUGGCCGGAGAGCGGGUUGAGCCCGGAGGACCCAGUCAAGCGGGCUUGGGGGCGCUACUUCUCACAGCGCUACCAAGACGUCGUCAACGGGCCCUAUAGCCAAGUCCUCUACCAAGGCAAGACCGAAGCCGCCCCCUCGCUCCUCACCGGAAUCGAGGAGAUCCAGUCCCUCCUCGCGAAACACAACGGGACGUUCUUGCUUGGCGACGAGCCGUCGAUUGGGGACCUUGCCGUCGCGCCUUUCGUUGGAAGGCUGUUUACGCUCGGGAAGCAGGGCUUUGUCCCCGAAGACGUCUUCUCCAAGCUCUCGUCGGAGGAGAAAUACGCCCCUUUCCGCGCCUACCACGAAGCGCUCGUCUCCCGUCCGUCUUGGUCUGAAACGUUCGACGAGGAGUACAUCGUCGAGAAGAUGACGGCGCGGAUCAAGCAGAUGCGCGAGCAGCAGAAGCUUUGA